ACAACUUCCAAAAUGGACAGCAACCAAUCGCAGAACCAGUCGGGCCAGAAGGAGGAUUACGCCGACAAGGCCCUCGACGGUGCCGAGAAGAAGUUCGGAGGCGCACAGGGUCAGAACACAGAGCAGAACCGUGCCGUGAACGAGAAGAUUACGGACGGUGCACGAGGAAUGUUUGAGAAGGCCACGGGCAAGGAUGUCCCGGACAAGUUCUCUAACUAG